AUGUGUUCUUAUUUAUUUAUUUUUCUUCCGUUUUUUUUUCCUUUUUUUCUUAUUUUUUUUUUACAUUUUCUUUCUUUUUUCUAUCGUCCUGUCAUUUAUUCUAUCGUUACUGCGUUAUUUUUUUUUCGUUUCUUUUUUCUUUUCGCGUUUUUGUUGCAUUUAUCCGUUCCCUCUUUCUCUACGUUCCUCUUUCUCUACGUUCCCUCUUCCUCUACUUCCCUCUUUCUCUACGUUCCCUCUUUCUCUACGUUCCUCUUUCUCUACGUUCCUCUUCCUCUACUUCCCUCUUUCUCUACGUUCCUCUUUCUCUACUUCCCUCUUCCUCAUGUUUUCUUUCUACUUCCCUCUUUCUCUACAUCCUUCUUCCUCUACGUUCCCUCUUCCUCUACGUUUCUCUUUCUCUACUUCCCUCUUUCUCUGUCCUUCUUCCUCUACGUUCCCUCUUUCUCUACUUCCCUCUUUCUCUACGUUCCCUCUUCCUCUACGUUCCCUCUUCCUCUACGUUCCUCUUCCUCUACGUUUCUCUUUCUCUACUUCCCUCUUUCUCUACUUCCCUCUUCCUCUACGUUCCCUCUUUCUCUACUUCCCUCUUCCUCUACGUUCCCUCUUCCUCUACGUUCCUCUUCCUCUACGUUUCUCUUUCUCUACUUCCCUCUUUCUCUACUUCCCUCUUCCUCUACGUUCCCUCUUCCUCUACGUUCCUCUUUCUCUACGUUCCUCUUUCUCUACUUCCCUCUUCUUCUUCCCUUCCUUCUCUACUUCCCUCUUCCCUACAUUUCUUCUUCCUCUACGUUCCCUCUUUCCCUACUUCCCUCUUUCUCUACAUCCUUCUUCCUCUACGUUCCCCUCUUCCUCCUACGUUCCCUCUUCCUACGUUCCUCUUCCUCUACGUUUCUCUUUCCCCUGCUUCCUCUUUCUCUUCCCUCUUCCUCUACGUUCCCUCUUUCUCUACUCCCUCUCUUUCUACGUUCCCUCUUCCCUACUUCCCCCUCUUCCUCUACGUUCCCUCUUUCUCUACUUCCCUCUUUCUCUACUUCCCUCUUUCUCUACAUCCUUCUUCCUCUACGUUCCCUCUUCCUCUACGUUCCUCUUCCUCUACGUUUCUCUUUCUCUACUUCCCUCUUCCUCUACUUCCCUCUUCCUCUACUUCCCUCUUUCUCUACGUUCCCUCUUUCUCUACUUCCCUCUUUCUCUACAUCCUUCUUCCUCUACGUUCCCUCUUCCUCUACGUUCCUCUUCCUCUACGUUUCUCUUUCUCUACUUCCCUCUUUCUCUACUUCCCUCUUCCUCUACUUCCCUCUUUCUCUACUUCCCUCUUCCUCUACGUUCCCUCUUUCUCUACUUCCCUCUUUCUCUACAUCCUUCUUCCUCUACGUUCCUCUUCCUCUACGUUUCUCUUUCUCUACUUCCCUCUUUCUCUACUUCCCUCUUCCUCUACUUCCCUCUUUCUCUACGUUCCCUCUUUCUCUACUUCCCUCUUCCUCUACGUUCCCUCUUCCUCUACGUUCCUCUUUCUCUACUUCCCUCUUUCUCUACGUUUCUCUUUCUCUACUUCCCUCUUCCUCUACAUUCCCUCUUUCUCUACUUCCCUCUUCCUCUACGUUCCCUCUUUCUCUAACUUCCCUCUUCCUCUACGUUCUUUCUUUCCUUCUUUCUUUAUCAGGCGCAAACUAUUUUUUUUCUUUUCUUCUUGUCUUCUUUCUUAAACUGGCGCAUUCUUUCUUCCAUUCCCAUCUUUCUUUACUUGAUAUGUACUGCCUUUUCCCUUCUUUAUUUCUUGGAUUCUUUCUUUCUUUCUUUCUUUCUUUCUUUUUUUCUUUCUUUCUUUUCUCCUUAUUGUUUCUUUUUAUACUUGGAUUGUUUCUUUCUUUCUUUAUUUGCCAGAUUCUUUCUUUCUUUCUUUUCUACUUUCUAGAUUCUUUCUUUCUUUUUUCACUUGCUAGAUUCAUCUUCAUCUAUUUAUUUUUUUACAUGCUGCUCCUUUCUUUCCCCCCUUUCUUUCCUUGA